CGCAGGGGCGGCUCAGCCGGGAGCGGCACCGACGUGUCUGCGGGCCGCGCAUGCGCGGGAGGCGGCCGUGCCAUAGCAACCGGAGCGUCAACGGUAGCGACGGCGAUGGCGAAAGCAACAACUAUCAAAGAAGCUCUAGCCAGAUGGGAAGAAAAAAGUGGCCAGAAGGCUUCAGAGGCAAAAGAAGUGAAACUGUAUGGCCAGAUUCCUCCUGUAGAGAAGAUGGAUGAAUCUCUCUCCACUCUUGUUAACUGCGAGAAGCUUUCGUUGUCUACAAACUGCAUUGAAAGAAUUGCCAACUUGAGCAACCUAAAAAAGCUGAGGAUUCUGUCUUUGGGAAGAAAUAACAUUAAGAACUUGAAUGGAUUGGAAGCAGUUGGAGAUACGUUAGAAGAGCUGUGGAUCUCCUACAACUUCAUUGAGAAACUGAGGGGUAUCCGUGUAAUGAAGAAGCUGAAGGUUCUUUAUAUGUCCAACAAUUUGGUGAAAGACUGGGCAGAGUUUGCGAGACUGGCAGAGCUGCCUUUAUUGGAGGACCUGGUGUUUGUAGGCAAUCCACUGCAAGAGAAAAUUGCCGCUGAGCAGAAUUGGAUUGAAGAAGCAGCCAAACGGGUGCCCACACUGAAAAAGCUGGAUGGUACCCUUGUAGUUAAACAACAACAAGAAGAAGAAGAAGGAGGAGAAGGAGGAGAAAACUGAUGAGACUUUUGUGUUGGGUGUUUACUAAUGGAAGUAUCUCCAGAUUGCUCAGCACACAGAACUUUUAUAUAAAUGUUUGUUUUGAAGAAAAGCUUUGGGCAAUUUUUAAAAGACCAGCUUAUCUCCACAGUCUCUUACCCAAAGAGUUAUUUACCAAACUUCAGGCACACCGGUUUUCUCAAGCUUCUGCCACCUUCUGCAGAGACCAGUGGAGUUGAGUUCAUCUGCUGUUUGGUUUGUGAGAGAUCUUUACCUGAACUAAUACCCAGCUAUUCCUUAUUCCUGAUUAGUGGUGCUUAUUGUUUGCUCUUGUGUUACAACGGAGCAAUUUUAGCUUGUUAGAUGCAGCUGGCUAACAUUCAGUUGAACCACCAUGGCUAAAGGAACGUUACAUUUUAGAACUAUGUUAUGGACUUUGUUGUGUUUAAUUAUGUUAUGGGAAUCCCUUAAUAUUUUAAGUAUGUGAAUUUGCCUUUUUAUGCCCUUAAGUAUUUUAUGCCAAAUAGGCCCAGAAGUUGUGGACAUACGCACAAGAAAGGUAACGGGCUUGUGAUCUCUUGUUAUGGACUGUGAGUUUUGAAUUGGGCCUCUUAACUUCAUUGCUUAGAAGGCCACGUAUAACUUAUAUGAUGUUAUUUAUUUUAAAGAGGCAAUGGGAGUUUUUUGCAUGGUUUCAGUGAGACUAAAAUAUCUGCUUUUUUUUUUUUUUUUUUUUUUCUUUUUUUUACGAAUUACUUUGAUUGGAAUUUGUAGACUAUCAGCCUACAGCUGGUUCCUGCUCCUAAUCUUAUUUUGGCUCACCGAUGGACGUAAUCCUUCUCAGCUCUGGAAUUUUCCUGUAACUAAGUAGGCUGAUACUCACUCAGAAACAAGCAGUGAACAAGAGACCUGGGCUUGAGAUGUAAAGUUCUGGGUUUGGGAUACUAAUGUUUUUCUAAAGCACAGACGUAAGCAGUGAGUGAAAUGUGUAUGUGAUUACUGAGGAAGGUGGGACAAGGUGGGAAACGGGCAUUGGAAAAUAAGCAUGGAAGAGGUACUAAACAUGCUCUGUUGCACGUUAACCAUUUUCAGUAAACCUCCUUAGAUGGCAGGUAGCUAUUUUUAGCAAAAAGCAUUAUGUAAUGCUAAAAACAGGCAUAGUUGCACCACUGGAUGCAAAUGAUGUUCCUCCCUCUCUACUUCCUUUAGAAGUCAUCUAAGUAGAUUUUCUGGCAGCUUAUUUUUAUUGUUUUUAAGCUUUUCUUCUAAUUUGAUGCAUUAUCUUCGUUUAAACUAGAAAAGUGUACCAGCAGGUUUUAGAACAGACACAUAAGGGAUGAAGGCAGAACACCGCUUUUAAUUUGUUUGUGAAAGAGUGGCAGGGGUUGAUAUCCUGGAGCACCAUGGUCAGGGAUAAAAAGGGUGGAAAUGGCCCAGGCUACAGUGGAAUUGAUCUCAAACUCCAGGUAUAAUUUUCGUAUAAGUUAACUCUAUUGCUCGUCAGUAUCUAAGUGACAGGUGUGAAGAUUACAAGGCAAUCAGAGCCUGGUGUCAAUAUAUUCUUUCUUGUUAUUCUUUGAUUUUUAGAGUAAUUCCUAAGCAUUCCAACUUAAACUGGCAGUAACAAAUAAGUCUAGAGUUUGACUUAGAUCCAUUUCUUAAAAUCAGGUCAGAAGAACAAUGGCAAAAGCUGGGUGUAUUUUACAGACUAUGUUCAACCAUUUCAUGUUGGCCUCUUAAAACCAAUUCAGUUCACUUGCAGCCAGUCAGCUUUGGAAAAGCAGAUGUGAUUUAAAAGAGUACCCAGCUUUAUGGCACACAUGGUUUUUACUAACCCCAGCUUUUGUAUUAGGGCAACAGGGAGUAGGCUUGGGCCCAUGCCUACAGUAAUUAAAGUGUGCUUGCCACGAGAACUUCCAAAUAUUAUCAGCAAAUAGAAAAGCCAAUUUCAUCUGUGUGUGGAGCUGUUUUCAGGAUAGAACAUGCAGUGCUCUUGGCAUGGAAUCUGGCCAAGAGGCAGUGCGUUCAAAUCCCUGUACCAGUGUGUACAGUUACGGUACAUAUAGUUUAAUUAGCUCCUCAAAAGAAAUGAGAUGGAGAUGAGAAUGUUGUCCAGUGUUACAUAAUCCUACUGGUUAAUUUUGUAAGAUCUAAAUAUGGUCUAAGUCCAUACAUUUACAAAGGCAGCAUUAGAUACAGCAGAGACUCUAUUUGGGGACAGUCUGAGAACAGAACAGCAUCUUAGCGUUGUAGGUGGAGAUAGUUCCAUUGUCAAGGCUUGAGGAGCACGAAAGAGCAGUUCCUGGCUCUUGUAAGUGACAAGUUGAGGCUCUGUGGAUUAAUUACCAUUAAUCAGUCCAGCAGUAACUAAUGCUGUUGCUCACUGGUAGAGCUGUGUAUAGCACAUGCCUAUUGGCAUCAGCUCCUUUCACAGCAAUUAACAAGCAUAAAUUCUCUUUUUUGCAGCUGUGUUAUAAAUAUGAGAAUAAAAACAAUCAUUACUGAAGGGAACAGGGCAUCCAGUCUCAGCAUAAUUGUAGCAGCAGUGAAGUACACUUAGAAGUUUUUCCUUUGCUAUUCACCCUCCAUACUGCAGAACCUUUGCAUGUAAGUUAACCCCUUUCUAAUUUUUAGCUCAACAUUGUUAUAUAUGAUGAAUUGUGGGUUACUGCCCCAAACAAAUCAAAAUCCCAUGAACUUUGCUAGCCCCAAAUAAAUGAAGUUUUAAUAAAUUUCUAAAAUUUGCACUUUAAAAUUAUGCACUAGAUGUGGUGGAGGAGACAGACAGAAUUAAAGCAGCUGAUUUGCAUGCUGAUAGAGCUGCUCUGAGUCACUGAUACACUAUCAGAGAUCAGACUGUGCCCACAGUAGUGGCUGAGCAGCAGAGCGAGAUGCUGAAAGAAUUCUUUCUGUAUUAUUUUUUACGCUUCCACAUCUCACCACAUCUAAUAACGUCCUAAGCACAUUAUUAUUCAUGGAUGAGAAGAGCACCCAUGUAAAACUUGCAAGCCAUGUGGAAUUCUGCUUUUCCCACAGAAAUGACGGAGGAUUAGCAUCCACUUAAUUACAUAGAGAAAUAUCCUACAAUUAAAUUAGAGAUAGAAAAUAGGUAUUUUACUUGCUUGUUAGCACACCGACCUCUCUUCAAAGAGCUGAUGUAUGCAGUGGUUACAUUUCAAAUGGCUGGAAAAACGUGAGAGGAGACCUGAGAACCAGCAGCUGAUUCAGAUUACAACAGAAAUAGACCCAUCUAGGAACAUCUUCAAGCAAGAGAGCACUUUUAACAUCUACUUUUGAUUACCUUUUGUAUACCGUAAUUUUGUAGCAUGACCAAACUGUUAAAGUUGCUGUGUUUAAAUUAUUUAGGCCGAUGUUUGUAAGUGAACCUCUGUGAAACUUGUUUAAAAAUAACAAUGCUAUUUUAUAUUAAAAAAAAAGUCUUUGGCUAUCGUGUAAUGGAA